GUUUCAUUCGCCUUCAUUCGCGCCAUUUUUGCACCCAUUGAAUUUGUGUUUUCACGAAAGAAGCAGCGGAUGAAAUAAGUUAUUUUAUAGUUUACAUGUGGAUAAAUUAUAUUUAUUUUGCAAACUGCAAUAUAUUUUGGAAUGCUACAUGUAACCCGGGUAUUUAUAUGGCUGAAUUUGCAUGACCUUUAGAGAUGGCGCCGCUAAAAGGGCUAGGCCAGUCGCCGACCGGUGUCGCACUUUACGAAGUUGCAGGUCAAGUCAAGUACACUGGAAUCAAAAUCUUGCAAACGUCAUUGACGUAUGGAAAACUUUGUAUAUAUGAUGACAAAGGACAAUAUUAUAUUGGCGUCCAUGGAAAAAUGUUUAAAAUGUUCAAGCUGAACAAUAAUAUAAAAGAAACAAGAUCAAGAGAUGGCCAGCUCACACUGGUGUUGCUGGAUGGGCACCAAAUAAUUGCCAAAGAAUGUUCAUCUGCAGAGGUGAAAAUCCUUGAAGGUUGUCUCAGUAAAAUUAAGACAUCUGGAACUCUAAAAGGGUGGAAAUGUAGUAAACCAACUCAAGAAGGAUCAUUGAAAAAAGACAAUAAAGAGAAUACAGUUUUAGAGAAGUCAAAGAAACUGUUAUUGAAAGUGAAGAAAAGUUCUCCAUUUUCAUCACCAGGAAAAUUUGCAUAUUUAGAAUCUUCUCCAUUGUUGAAUGCAGUAUCAAAAAGUCAUUCACAUAUAAGAAGAGAAGGAAGCAGAAUCAAAGGGAAGAUUUUUACAUCACCUGCAAGCAAUAAAGAGAAUGCCAAUGCGAAUCCAAUUACAGCUGAUCGAAGCUUUGAGCGUUUAGAAUCAAAAUGUGUGGACAUGGUGUCUUUGGAGGAUGAAGAAGUAUGUAUGGUCAAUGGCAGAAACCAAGAAGGAUAUUGGUCAAGACCUCCAGGUGAAGAAAGGAGCCACAGUCCAAGUUUAAAGUAUGGCUGUAGAAAUUCAUCAUCACUUGGGUUCAGCACAAUAAGGAGUGAUGGCCUCAAGUCAAGGAGAAGACUGAUUGAUACAGCAACUACCCAUCCGGAUGAGCUAGCCUUGAGCUUAGAAGAUGAUGUCAGUGAUGAAAAUGAUUCACCUUCAACUUCCACAAGAGCUCCUCUUUCAUUCAAAUCGAGUGCCUCUAGAAACAACCUUAGCCCUUCUCCACUUAGGCCUAAGGCCCUGCAGUCCAAUAAUCAAGAUUCAGCUUCGAAGGGUGUAUCUCACAAAGCAUCUUCCUUCUACGGUGGCAGCAGCUCUACCCUCCCUUCAUUUUCAAUGAGAAAACUUUCAAGUUUCAAUUGGAUGGGAAAAGGCUUGAAAAGACAGCUGCCACUUCAAUCUCAGGAAAAGGAGAAGAAAAGUUUUAUUUUCCGAAAGCGAGAAAAAGAUGCUACCCAAACACCAUCGCUGUCAAACCAAAUUGCACUGACGGGGUUUGCAAAUCUGGGUAACACAUGCUACAUGAAUGCCAUACUGCAAUGCCUGUUGGGAAUACCAGCGUUUUCGUACGAUCUUGACAACACAUUGCUUUUGUCCAAAGUAAAGCACAUCUCUUUGUAUAAGAGUCUUCACAAUUUGCUCAUAGCUAAAAGAUUAGGUGAAAGCCAAGAUAAGCAAAAAUGGCUGUUGAAGAGCAUCAAGAAAGCGAUUUCAAAUCAGGCUGCAAGAUUUUCAGGAAACAUGCAACAUGAUGCACACGAAUUUCUUGGGCAGUGCUUGGAUCAGCUGAAAGAAGACAUCAUCAAACCUUCACCUCUUCAGGGGAACGAAGCAGAUGAAACCACCCCGUCGGACGGCGAGCAGCAAAAAUCUCUAGAGGCAGCGUGUCCGGUUGCAAGGAAUUUUGAAUGUCAAGUCUCGCAUAAUAUUGAAUGUGAAGAGUGCAGGAAUCAAAUUGCAAAGGAAGAAAUCUUCUACGAUUUUUCCUUGGACAUUCCAGAAAUAGAUGAAAAUACAGAUCCAGAGGAAAAGAAUUUGCAAGAUCUUCUUCAGGAUUAUUUCGAGGAAGAAAAAAUCGGGUACAAGUGUGAAAAAUGUGAGUGUGAAAACGCCAAUCUCUCUCACCACAUCAGCAAAUUGCCCAGGGUGAUGAUUCUUCACCUCAAACGUUACGAGCUGAAUGAUAAUUAUACCAAGUACAGGAAAAAACUCGACACUGUGAAUGUGCCGCUGCAAAUUGACUUAGGCAUUCUUUGCACAGAAGAAACGACAAAGCCUAUCGCUUUUGAAAGAAUACCAAAGAGUGGAAUCAAGCGACCACUACCAAGCGAUCAUACCAUUGAUGUCGAUGAUUUUGAGCCAAGCUACAAAGCUAAACGCAGGCUGGCCCUACCAGACGUUCCAAAGCUGUCUAACCCUGAAGAGGAGGAAUCAAGCCUUGAUUUUCAGCGAGACAUUGAGCGUGCAAAGAAGCUCUCUCUUGAUGCAGUUAAAGUUGAUUCAGUAACAGAAGACGAACAGUUGGAAUGGGCUCUUGCAGAGAGCCUGAAGACAAAUGAGUCUCUUGUUGAAAGUGAUUUUUUACCCCCCGCACUCUUGGAGAUCGAUCCAGAAGUACUGCCGGUAUUUUCAGAGUUUGGAGGUGAAGCGACAGAGGACAAAAGGCUACCAGUUCCAGACAGGGUGGAUGCAGAAUCUUUUACCGGCUUGCAAGCUAAGAAGGAGAACCAAUUUGACAAUGAGAAAUCUGAAAUUUUUUUAGGGAAGAACGAGGAAAGUGAAGUAGGUGGUUUUGACGAUUGGCUGUCAACGCAGGAGAAGGAGAACGAGAAAGAGAAUGAUGAAAUAUUGAUUGAGAGUGCUGCACAGGUUGAUAGUGAAGAAGAUCAGCUCAAGAUGGCCUUAGAAUUAAGCUUAAGGGAAUACAAUGAACAUACAACCCCAAGGCAUAAACCUCGACAAGUAAAGUCAAACACUACAGGCAGCUCAGACUCAAAUAAAAAAACAAAACAGAGACGGGUCAAUAGAAGUGGAUGUGCUACCCCAAGACAAUACAACUUGGUUGGCAUUGUCAGUCAUAUUGGGGACAGUUCUGUCGCUGGUCAUUACAUCUGUGACGUUUUUGAUUUUAAAGAAAAGGUGUGGAAAAGUUAUAAUGAUAGCAGUGUGAAGAAGAUAACGGAGUAUGAAGUCAAGUUCCGACGCAAGAAUUGUGCCUACAUCCUCUUCUAUGUUGAACAGGAAUGUUACAGAGACAUUAUGAGCAAAUGAAACAUUUUCAUUGAUAGCAGACUUUGUGACAAAAUCACUCUUCCUGGAUGGUGUAGAAUUAUCAGUUUUAUUCUAAUAUUGAGUUUUGUCAAGUCGUAACCACUUAUUACAAAUUUUGUAACUAUAUUUCAAAGUACAGUAUCUUUUUAACUCACAAAUGUUGUGUUUUGAAUUGAUUAAACUAACUUUCAGAAUAAUCGAAAAUAGAAUUUAAUGUACGUCUCAAUUGCUUUCUGACCCAAUAACCUAAUUUCUUCAUGUAUAUAUGACACUUGAUGUUUUCAUUGAUUUUUUCCCUUAAUUUACGAUAAUAAUAAACAGCAUCACAUAUCACAAACAGAUCAGAUACAAAAAUUGAUAUUUUCAUUAUUCUAUCGUCUCAAAUGUAGAAAAAGCGAAGGCCAACGAGUUUAGACCAUGCACUUAUAGUAGCUAUUUGUCAAUAGUUUGUUGAAUUUCUUUAAGAAAGGUUAAAUAUGUAGUAGAACUAGUUACUGUGGUUUCCAGGUCUAAUCUGUAUCUUCAGUUUAGAAGUGAAA